AUGAAGCCGGCAGUGGAGGUGGAGGCGGACGAGCGAGCGGCGGAGAUUAAGAAGGCAGCGGCGGCCAAGAAAGCGGCUGAGGAGGUUGAGGUGGAGGAGGUGGUGGACGGGGAGGAGGAAGAUGGGGAGGAGGCGGUCGAUGGGGAGGAUGACGGUGACGAGGACGACGAUGGGGAAGGCGGAGAGGAAGACGAGGAGGAGGAGGCGGCAGGGGUUGUAGAGAUCUCCGACGAAGAUGACGACGACGACGACGGGGAGGCCGACGACGACGACGGGGACGAUGACGAUGACGACGACGACGACGACGACGACGACGACGACGAAGAGGUCGACGGUGAAGACGAGCCGGAGGAGGAGCUGGGAACUGAGUAUCUGGUUCAGCCCCUUGGCCGGGCUGAAGACGAAGAACACUCAAGUGACUUUGAACCGGAAGAAAAUGGUGAUGGUGCUGAGGAUGAGGAGAUUGACGAAGAUGAUGCUGAUGAUGGUGAGGAUUCUGUGAAGGCACAGUCCUCUACGAAGAGGAAGAGGUCAGGCGAUGACGAUGGUGACGGGGACGACGAUGGCGAUGGCGAUGGCGAUGACGAUGGAAGGCCACCAUCAAAGCGAUAG